GUUGAAUUUGGUGUUUUAUUUUUCGAAUGAUUCAUUCAGAAUUGACGAACAACAUUGUGUCAAAACAUCAAACAAAUUAUACCAAGUUUGACUUGAGUCAAGUGCAACAAUUCAUUUUCUAAUGCAAUUCUCAAUUGUUCAAAUUUUGGUUGAAAUUUAAGCGCCGAUAUUUUUAAUUACAAUAAUAUUUAAGUUGUAAAGAGCCAAAAUGUUGCUCAAAGUUCUCAUUUUUGUAUUGUUACCGGCAGGAUUUCUGCUCUUUGAAGCAAGUCCAACAAUUGAUAAGACCAAACAUCGUGUAAAAUGCGAUCAUAUGAUAACCAAUUUCACUAAUGCAAGCGCUGGUUUUACAAGUUGUGUUAUGAAACACACUGAAAAUGCUACUUUCUGCCUAAAUUGUGUCGAACAGUAUUCGCAAACAUUAUUUUUUUACGACAAAUUGUUAAAUGGAGUUGAAAAUGUGAGCAAUGUAGAAAGACCUUGUCGUUCUCGCUUUUUCGAAAGCAAUCAAUUGCAUAUAUUCGAAAAAAUGAAAGCGAAUAUAGAACAGUUUUGGACGAUUGGUUUUUGUGCAGAUUGCUUUGAUGCUGGUUGUGACUUCUACAAUCAAACGGAUUGUCCUCAUUCAAAUCAUACAGAAAAAAUCAUUCAGCUUCAUUAUGAAACGGAUAUGUGUAUAAAUGGAACAGAGCGUAAUACGACUUGCACCGAAUGCGCAGAGAAAUAUAAAAUUUUUACUGACUACUACAACGAUAUCCGACUGAAAACUGGCGACAAAUUCUGUUUUGCUAUAAAAGAUAUGAUGAACAAAACACAGAUUCGAUGGUCAAAAGAGUUGGGUUGCUGUGAUCAUCGAAAAUCAUCACUGUUGGAUUUCUUUACUUUGUCUGGUUCAUCAAUAUUUGUAUCAGUUUUAUUUUACAUAUCGAUCUAUUUGUAUGGAUUACGAAGUGAGCGCAUACAGUGUAUUCCGGACGAUUUAAUGCCACAAAAUCGCGAAGAUGAUCAAUCAAAUGGAACAAUUAUGAAUAUAAACAACGAAGAACCGUCAACAUCAGAAUUACUACUUGAAAGUGAUUCAAAAAUUGCCAAAUUAAUAAGCGAAUCUGCCGACUCGUCAUCCAGUGACGACGAACCGUUACCGAUUAGCAAUCCGAAUUUAAGUCAAAUCUGAAUGCAAAACAUGUUCAUAAAAGAUGUAAGCUAAGGCCUUAAACUUCGGUAAACUCAUGACAAAAAUGUGAUUUGUUUUAAUAUGAUCUAUUUUUAUCUACCAAAAAAUAUUAUUUUUUAUAAAUAAACUCAGUUUUAAAUCGAAUAAGACGAUUUCUGGA